AUGACGCAUCCCACGAUCAAGAUCGAUACCAGUUUCCCCGCGAUCAAGCGCGGACUGCCUGAGAAUGAUGACGCCGGCCUCGAUAUACUCGCGGAUCAGGACAACCCCAGGCUAGAAGCUGGCAAUACGGAAGAUGUUCCGCCAUUCCUAUGCCAAACUGUCUCAGAGAUUCAUGAUAAGUUCGAGGAACUCGAAUGGUUGCAGCGUUCACGGAUAGCGGAGGGUUUGGGGUCCAACGAUCCUUUGAAUGACUGGGUUCUCUUUGCAGACCCCAAGGUUAAACAGAGAAAUCGGUAUUCCGAUGUUCAGGCGUGGGCAAAUCGCCGAGUCCACCUGCGGGUGGCCGAGGGCGAGUGUGAUUUCAUCAAUGCAUCUCCGAUCAGACUGGAGGAUUCGGUGACAGGGGAAGAAAGAAGAUACAUUGCGACCCAGGGACCGAAGCUUGGACAUAUCGCGGACUUUUGGCACAUGGUCUUCCAUGAAAGUCAAGAGGUCGGCGUGGUCGUAAUGCUUACCCAAACUUUCGAAGCGGGCCGGGAGAAGUGCGCUCAAUAUUUCCCAUUGGACACAGAGCAGGCCUCGAUGGUAUUGUUGGCAGAGGAGUCGGAAGUUCUCUUCGAUCCAAGCGUUCAAGUGGAGCCCGGCGUUUUGGGCAGGGUGACCUUGUUGGAAUCGACUUUCGAUGCUAAGUCCCGAUCCGAAAUCCGCAAGCUCGAACUGGCUAUCGGCUCCGAGUCAAAAAUCGUGUGGCACUUCCUUUUCGCCGGCUGGGCCGAUUACUCCAAACCUGAAGGCAGCGAUCGCCAAGCCCUUCUCGACUUGAUCAAGCUGUCAGCCUCCAAAUGCCACCCUGAUAAUCCCCGAAUCGUGCAUUGCAGCGCAGGGGUGGGUCGAACCGGGACUUUCAUCGCACUCGACCAUUUGCUGCGCGAGUUAGAGUCGGGCCACCUGCUGGAAGUGCAUGAUCCGGACAUCGACCCCGUUUACGAAACUGUCGAUGCAAUGCGCAAGCAACGUAUGAUGAUGGUCUACAAUGAGAUGCAGAUGCAAUUCAUCUACGAAGUCCUCCGUGAACAGACCGAUCGGAAGCUAGGCAAGAUCCCGGAGUGGGACUCACAAUCCCCCGGCAGCGAGCAACGAUCUGCUAAAGUUGCCAGGCUUGAUUAUGAGGAUUACUUGCCAAGCUCGAAGCCGGAGCUGGAAGUUAUGCCAGAUCGUGUCCAUACGCCCACCAGAAGCUUGUCUGGUACGGAGGUUUCUGAUAAUGAAUGA